AACCAAAGCUAUAGCUGAAGAGACCUCAAGGAGUAGUAGGAGGAUGGGCGAGCCUCUCGAGCUCUCCCGAAACAGGCGUUUCAGGAGAAAAAAAAAAUCCCCUUUUCUCCCGGCCCCUUCCCUUCCAUCUCCGGCGACCCUCCGAUCGCCGGCGUGAGGGGAGGGGGUGGGAUUUUCGUCCCUUUAGUAAUCUAUUAGCUUAGGUGUUGGUCUUCUCUCGUAGUCGGGUCUUCCUGUCGUCGGGUUCUUCCCGUUUGUUCAAGUCGAUGGAUCGCCGGAGUUCGGCACCGUCGUCCCGGCGACGGAAGGAGUCGCUUUUAGUCGCCGAGGGUUUAGUUUGGAAAAACAGAGGAGGAGUUGCAAUGAGGGGAAGGCAGAUCGGUCAAAGGAACUUCUUCAACCUGUCAGAUCCAGCACAAGUUUGGUGGCGCUGCCCCCUCCCUGCAUCUGGCCGGCACGCAACGACAGUUGCGGCGUUGGCUGCCUUGUCCCCGGACACCAUGACCCACCCUCUCCGUCUCCGGCCUCUCCCCCUCCAGAUGUUGGGGCGGCGACGGUGUUUGUUGGGGUGGCGACAGCUCUCGGAUUCAAGGACAGCAGGUAACAAAAUAUUUGGCAGCCUGUGCUUCUCGAGAAUGCUGCGUUGGUGCUGGUCGGAUUGGUGCUUGCAUGAUCUGUUGGUAGAUGGGCUGGGGAUGAUAGUUGCUCAUCAAGGAAUUGCAGCUGGCCACCAGGUUAAUUUCUCCUCAUCCUCCUUUGUUGAGCUCCAAGCUGAAGUAGAAAGACAGCAGAUCAAUCAAUGCCAUCCUAGUUCUUGACUAAGGUUGGCCGGAGUUUGGGGACCUCUUUCUUGAUGUUUCUAUACAGUGGUACCCAUGCUGGGUUCGUCGUUCGGGUUGAGGGCAGACCGUCCGUGCAACCUUGUUUCGCAGGAUUGCAGUCAGUGCUCCUCAGAUUCAAUGAUAAACUCCGUGGAAAUCAACUGUUAAAGUCCGGUGAAGCUCACACCAAAAUCUACGACUCAACAACAAACCUUCAAUUUGUGCCGUUCCCGUGGAGGCAACCAAAGGGGAUUAUCGGUUUGUCAAGCGGUGUGCACGUCAAUGAAGGCCCAUGGAUGUAGUCGUCGCGGCAACGCCGCUACUCCUGUCGAUCUCAUCCAUUAUCACUGUAUGGCUACAUCAGGAAUUUGUUUCCCUUAGUUCAGUCUGUCUCAUCUUUAGAAAGGAUGGUUUGGUGUAUGAUCAAUUUGUACUGGGGAUUCUUUCCCUAAUCUCUGUCUUUUCUAUAUAAUAAAAUGAGUACUUUUCAAAAAAAAAAAA